GAGACGCCAGCCUGCAUCUGCCAUGGGGCUCGGGUUGAGGGGCUGGGGACGUCCGCUGCUGACCGUGGCCACCGCCCUGAUGCUGCCCAUGAAGCCCCCCGCAGGCUCCUGGGGGGCCCAGAUCAUCGGGGGCCACGAGGUGACCCCCCACUCCAGGCCCUACAUGGCAUCCUUGCGCUUCGGGGGCCAACAUCACUGCGGAGGCUUCCUGCUGCGAGCCCGCUGGGUGGUCUCCGCCGCCCACUGCUUCAGCCGCAGAGACCUCCGCACUGGCCUGGUGGUGCUGGGCGCCCACGUCCUGAGUACCGCGGAGCCCACCCAGCAGGUGUUUGGCAUCGAUGCUGUCACCACGCACCCCGACUACCACCCCAUGACCCACGCCAACGACAUCUGCCUGCUGCGGCUGAAUGGCUCUGCUGUCCUGGGCCCUGCAGUGGGGCUGCUGAGGCUGCCAGGGAGAAGGGCCAGGCCCCCGACAGCCGGGACACGGUGCCGGGUGGCUGGCUGGGGCUUCGUGUCCGACUUUGAGGAGCUGCCGCCUGGACUGAUGGAGGCCAAAGUCCGAGUGCUGGACCCGGACGUCUGCAACAGCUCCUGGAAGGGCCACCUGACCCUUACCAUGCUCUGCACCCGCAGUGGGGACAGCCACAGACGGGGCUUCUGCUCGGCCGACUCUGGGGGGCCCCUGGUGUGCAGGAACCGGGCUCACGGCCUCGUUUCCUUCUCGGGCCUCUGGUGCGGCGACCCCAAGACCCCCGACGUGUACACGCAGGUGUCUGCCUUUGUGGCCUGGAUCUGGGACGUGGUUCGGCAGAGCAGCCCCCAGCCCGGCCCCCUGCCUGGGACCACCAGGCCCCCAGGAGAAGCCGCCUGAGCCACAACCUUGCGGCAUGCAAAUGAGAUGGCCGCUCCAGGCCUGGAAUGUUCCGUGGCUGGGCCCCACGGGAAGCCUGAUGUUCAGGGUUGGGGUGGGACGGGCAGCGGUGGGGCACACCCAUUCCACAUGCAAAGGGCAGAAUCAAACCCAGUAAAAUGUUAACUGAC